AUGAAGAAAUCAAGUGCUGAUGAAUCCAAAGCAGUGAUGGAAGGUUUGGUCAUGAAAAAAUCAUCAGGGACAAACAUUUCUAGGCUGAAGAAUGAACCUGCACUGAACACAUCGAGUAAGCAACAAGGGCAACAGUCUAAGCUGCCUGUGAUCCCAAACCCUGACAGCCCAGAGGAUCACAUCUGCCUCUUAGACUGCAUUGUGGUUGAUCUGCAGGACAUGGACAUAUUUGCUGCAGAAAGAUAUCAGAGAGAGUAUUCCAAGGCUGUGGAAGACACCAGUGCAGACUUGAGCUUUCCAUCCUACUUGGUGAGGCAGACAGGAGGGAGCCUGCUCACAGAACCCUUCAGACUGAAGUUACAGGUGGAGAGAAACUUGGACAAAGAGCUGAGUCAUGCAGUUGCAGACAUAUCAAUACAUGGCAACCUGUCAUCAGUCCACUGCUCCUUGGAUUUGAAUAAGUACAAGCUGAUCCGUGGGCUGCUGGAGAACAACCUGGGGGAGCCCAUAGAGGAGUUCAUGAGGCCUUAUGACCUGCAGGAUCCAAGGAUUCAUACAGUUUUGAGUGGAGAAGUGUAUACUUCCAUGUCAUUCCUCAUUGACAUGGUCAAUGUGAGCCUGGAACUGAUGGAUCCAAAGGGAAGAGAUGGAUGCAGCUCUUUAGCCAGGUUUGAUUUUAAGAAAUCCAAAUUGCUUUUUGAAAGCUCUUCAAAUGGAACCAAGUCUGUCAAUCUGGUUUCUCAUUCCAUGAUGGCAUUUGACACACGUUAUGCUGGGCAGAAAUAUGCUGCAGGUCCUCCCAAUGUGUUCAACUGCAUCUUCCAGUCAUCCAAGAAUGCCAGCAGCCCAGGAGAAAUCCAGAUUGAAUUGCACUACAGGUCUACUAAGGAUUCCUCCAGUUUCACAGUUGUGCUGAACAACCUUCGUGUGUUCCUGAUCUUUGACUGGUUGUUGCUGGUUCAUGACUUCUUAUAUACUCCUGGAGAUACCAAAAAGAGGGAAAAUCCCCUUUCAUCCCGGCAGAAAACUUCCAGCAGUGACACAGCUGUGGUUCCCAAAACAGUCAAGUGUGGAGUCGUUACCAAACGUUCAUCGCUGCGUGUGACUGCGGAGAAACAACUGGAAGUUAAGGUCAAUGUGACAGGAACUGAGUUUGUGGUGGUUGAAGACAUGUCUUGCUUUGAUACCAAUGCAAUUAUUUUGAAGGGAACAACUGUUCUCACUUACAAGCCCAAAUUGUUGGAUCGACCUUUCUCUGGUAGUUUGUUUGGCAUUGAGGUGUUCUCAUGCCGGUUAGGAAAUGAGCAGGAGACUGCACUGUCAAUUAUUGAUCCAGUACAGAUCCAUAUGGAGCUGGUUGGGAAUUCUUCCUACCCAAGUGGUUCAGGACUGUUGGAUGCUUUUAACAGUGAAGAUUUUCCUCCUAUUCUAGAGAUUCAGUUGCAAGCACUGGAUAUCAGACUGUCCUACAAUGAUGUUCAGCUCUUCUUGGCAAUUGCAAAGUCAAUUCCCCAACAGACAAGUGCAGCUAUGCCUGACUCAGCUGCCUCCAGUGCUGAACAUGCUGCUCAUCCCUCCAGUUUAGCACUGGUGAACGAGACUUCUUCGACACAUGAGAACAGAGAUGUAUCCAAACGUGUGCUGGAUCCUGUGCUGGAGGUCCAGCUGGCUCGACUCCAAGACUUGGGAUUCAGCAUGGAAGAUUGUCGUAAAGCUCUUCUGAUCUGCCAAGGGGACUUGAAUAAAGCAGCAAGUUGGUUAUUUAAGAAUGCUGAACCUUUGAAAUCAGCUUCCCAGACCUCUUCUGCUCGAGAUAGCCAGGGGAUUCUGCCUUUCCAGUUCAUCUCUGGAGUGGAAAUAAAGGCAGAAAGUGUAUGCAUUUGCUUCAUCGAUGACUGCAUGGACUGUGAUGUUCCCCUUGCUGAGUUAACCUUCUCACGUUUGAAUUUUCUCCAACAUCUGAGGACCAGCCCUGAAGGCUAUGCUCAUUUUACCCUCUCUGGAGAUUAUUACAAUCGUGAACUUUCAGGCUGGGAGCCCUUCAUUGAGCCCUGGCCAUGCUCAGUGUCUUGGCAACAACAAGCCUCGAGUCGCCUGCACCCCUCCCGCCUGAAGCUGGAGGUGAAAGCCAAGCAGCGCCUGGAUAUAAACAUCACCUCUGUUCUCAUAGAGCAGUACACAUGUACCAAGCAGUCAUGGAUGGAAGAUUACUGUAAACAGGACAAAGAAGUGAAUGUAAUCACCUCUGGGGACUGGAUGGGCUCGUCAGUGGAUCCCCCAUGUUUUGGGCAGGGCCUUCCUCUUGUCUACCUUAGAACUAGGAGUACAGCCAGUUUGACUAACCUAGAGCAUCAGAUCUAUGCUAGAG